AAUUUAGGGAGUAGGUUCAUUGUAAGUUGUACACGUGAAUGGAUAAACAAAUGGGUGAUGAGCCAAACUCCCAAACAUGGAGGAACAAGAUAAUGUGCAUAUACCCACUUUCCCGCUCAGUAACUCCUCCUCAACAACUAGUUAUGAGGGUCAUUCAAUAUGGGUCUUGCUCAAUUCCAUCAUUUCAAUUUCAAGAAUGCUCCUUUUCCAGGAUUUUCAGGAAAAAAGUUGGAACCAUCGAAGCGAUCAAGUCUAACCUGUCAAACUCAGAUGCGAAGAGAGCAAACCUUUCUGCCAGGAAGAAGGAAAGAAUUGAGCUCCCCAAACAUGACGGUACUGGUGGAGAUAAUAAAUCAUUACAUAUAAGUGAAUUUCUGAGCCAUAAAUCUGGUAUCGAGGCAAUGUUGAACAAGAGAGCUUUGCAAAGCUUUGAAUCUAUUGAUUCUAACAUAUACAGGUGUACUCUACCACAAGUUCAACUUUUAAAUUUUGAAGUUGCCCCUGUUUUGACAUUACAAGUGAACCCGACCAGAGAAGACUGCAUUGUGAAGAUGUUGUCUUGCAAGUUUGAGGGUUCUGAUCUGGUAGAACAGCAGAAUGAACAUUUUUCAGCAUCAAUGGUAAACUGCAUAACGUGGGACACAGUUGGUUCUCAGCCUUUCCUAGAUGUUGAUGUGAAAUUAAAUAUCUCUCUCGAGAUAUAUACCAUGCCAUUCACCAUGCUGCCUACUUCUGCUGUUGAGACUCCCGGUAACAUGUUUUCUUACGAAACCACAAGAAGAUUACAACAAUAACAUAUUCAGUGCACAUAUGAAGGGAUCUGGGACGCAACAAAGUUCGCCAUUUGCAAGUCUUGAACUUCAGUAUUCAAAAUAUUGAUGUAGUAUUGAAAAUCUUACUAGAAAAGUAUUUCCAGUUACAGCUACUCAAAAACUUCUUCUCAAUUAAAAUUCAUGUCCAACAGAGAACUACUUCAAAAUAAUUCUUUUUCUAACUUCAAAUUCUUUUGCUUCUGACUUUAAAUACUGUCCAAACGCCAACAAAUACACUCGUCUCGUGAGUAUUUGAAGUGAAAUUGUAAUUAUUUUCACCACAAAUUGUCGAACUCACAUUGAAACUGCUGAUAUAGAAAAAGAAUUUCUUUCGAAUUCAAUUACUCACGAGAAGAAAAGAAGAGGGUCCAAUCUGAGGAGAAAUAUUUCUAUCAAAUUAGGAAAAAUGACUUUCCUCGCUUAUAACCUUUUUAUAUCAAACAAUUAUCUCAACUAUAAGUUUCACAUUACAUGGUGAGACUGAAACUAACUGCACAUCAGUUAUUUAGACAAGAAAAACUUACAUGCACCCAGCUUGUAACAGGACAAAUGCAAUACAUGAGUUCAUUAGGCAAAUGUCACGCACACUACCAAAUAAGAAAUCAUAAAGGGUAGAAGGAAUGACGAGAAAAGAGGAAGCCAUUUUGUUACUUAUUACAGCUCACUCUCUUGCACAACAAUUUCAUGGUCAUCAGGAAAAUCUCGUCUAGCACCACUUAGAGUAUCUCAAGAACCAGACCCCC